AUGGUGACUGUACAACAAACCAAGUUUCUCAAGUCCGUGUUAACCAAGUUCGGAAUGGAUAACAGCAAGCCAGUGAAGACGCCUCAAGAUCCCGGCCUGAAGCUAACCAAGAACAUGUGUGAACAAGAAUGCAAGCACGAAGACACCAUGUGCAACGUGCCAUAUCGAAGUGCUGUCGGAGGCAUCAUGUAUCUCAUGGUCGCCACACGUCCGGAUCUAGCUGCUGCAGUGGGAUCAUUAUCCCAGUUCUCGUCCGACCCAUGCCCGACUCACUGGCAAGCUUUGAAGCGUGUGCUGAGAUACCUGCAAGCAACGCCCAAGCAUGGUCUUGAGUUUACACGUGAAGAAGGAAGCCGUAUCUGCGGGUACACCGACGCAGACUGGGCCGGCGACAUUGAGUCAAGACGAAGUACAAGCGGCUAUGUGUUCAUGAUGAGCGGAGGAUGCAUCAGCUGGAAAAGCCAGAAACAACGGACGGUCGCGCUAUCUUCAACAGAAGCAGAAUACAUGGCGCUUUCCGAAGCAACCAAAGAAGCAGUAUGGCUCAAAGUGCUUUUGGGGGAACUUGGUGAGAUGACAAGCGACGAAGCGAUCAAGAUGUAUGAAGACAACCAAGGAUCAAUCGCUCUCGCCAAGAACCCGGAGUUCCAUAAGAGAACAAAACACAUCGACAUACGCUACCAUUUUGUGCGUGAGAAGGUGGAAUCAGGUGAAGUCGUUUUGGAGUAUUGCCCGACUCAAGAUAUGCUGGCAGACAUGAUGACCAAGCCGAUCGCCGCUGUACAAUUUGAAAACAUUCGCGAUCGACUUGGGAUCCAAGGUGCCGCAGCUAACUGUUGA